GAGCACCUUGCCAAGGGUCAGAGGAUGCUGGCUGGUGAUGGCAUGUCUCAAGUAACCAAGACACUUUUGGAUUUAACACAGAGGAAGAAUUUUUAUGCUGGGGACCUUUUAAUUUCUGUAGAAAUUCUCAGAAAUGUUACAGAUACAUUUAAAAGAGCAAGUUAUAUCCCUGCGUCUGAUGGGGUACAGAACUUCUUUCAAAUCAUAAGUAAUCUCUUAGACGAAGAAAACAAAGAGAAAUGGGAAGAUGCUCAACAGAUCUAUCCAGGCUCAGUGGAGUUAAUGCAGGUGAUUGAAGAUUUUAUACACAUUGUUGGAAUGGGAAUGAUGGACUUUCAGAAUUCAUACCUAAUGACUGGAAAUGUAGUGGCUAGCAUUCAGAAGCUUCCUGCUGCAUCUGUUUUAACUGACAUCAAUUUCCCCAUGAAAGGAAGAAAAGGAAUGGUUGAUUGGGCACGAAACUCAGAAGACAGGGUUGUCAUUCCAAAAAAUAUCUUCACUCCUAUGUCAACAGAACUAGAUGAAUCAACCGUAUUUGUACUUGGAGCAGUGCUAUACAAAAAUUUAGAACUCAUUUUGCCCACUUUGAGGAAUUUUACAGUUGUUAAUUCAAAAAUCAUUGUUGUUACUAUACGACCUGAGCCUAAAACUACAGAUUCUUUCCUGGAGAUAGAACUGGCCCACCUGUCUAAUGGCACAUUGAAUCCCUACUGUGUGCUGUGGGAUGAUUCAAGAAUGAACGACUCUUUGGGAACCUGGUCCACCCAGGGAUGUAAAACUGUGCUUACCGAUGCAUCCCAUACGAAAUGCUUAUGUGAUCGUCUCUCUACCUUCGCCAUUUUGGCUCAGCAACCUAGAGAAAUAAUCAUGGAAUCAUCUGGUACACCCUCAGUGACCUUAAUAGUAGGCAGUGGUCUUUCCUGCUUGGCCUUGAUCACUCUAGCAGUUGUCUAUGCAGCAUUAUGGAGGUACAUCAGAUCUGAGAGGUCCAUAAUUCUAAUCAAUUUUUGCCUGUCGAUUAUCUCAUCAAAUAUCCUUAUCCUGGUUGGGCAAACUCAGACACAUAACAAGGGCAUCUGCACCACAACCACCGCAUUUUUACACUUCUUCUUCUUAGCUUCAUUCUGUUGGGUUUUGACAGAAGCGUGGCAGUCAUAUAUGGCUGUUACUGGAAAAAUUAGGACACGGCUCAUAAGGAAGCGUUUCCUGUGCCUUGGAUGGGGACUGCCAGCAUUAGUGGUUGCAAUAUCAAUAGGCUUUACCAAGACAAAAGGAUACGGAACAGCUCACUAUUGCUGGCUGUCUCUGGAAGGAGGGCUGCUUUAUGCUUUCGUUGGACCUGCAGCUGCUGUUGUCUUGGUCAACAUGGUGAUUGGCAUUUUGGUAUUUAAUAAACUUGUUUCCAGAGAUGGAAUCCUAGAUAAAAAACUCAAACACAGAGCGGGGGCAUCCCUUUGGAGCUCCUGUGUGGUGUUGCCACUUCUAGCACUGACUUGGAUGUCUGCAGUUCUGGCCAUGACAGACAAAAGAUCUAUAUUAUUUCAGAUACUUUUUGCAGUAUUUGAUUCAUUGCAAGGCUUUGUUAUUGUCAUGGUCCAUUGUAUUCUCCGAAGGGAGGUUCAAGAUGCUUUCAGAUGUCGGCUAAGAAAUUGCCAGGAUCCAAUCAAUGCAGAUUCUUCAAGUUCUUUUCCUAAUGGACAUGCUCAAAUCAUGACUGAUUUUGAGAAGGAUGUGGACAUUGCUUGUCGGUCAGUUCUGCAUAAAGACAUUGGACCUUGCAGAGCAGCCACUAUAACAGGAACACUUUCUAGAAUUUCACUAAAUGAUGAAGAGGAGGAAAAGGGACCAAACCCUGAAGGAAUGAGCUAUUCAACCUUGCCUGGAAACAUCAUCUCCAAAGUCAUCAUCCAGCAACCAACAGGUCUCCACAUGCCUAUGAGUAUGAGUGAACUGGCCAAUCAGUGCUUGAAAAAGGACAACAGUGAGCUGCGGAGGACCGUGUAUCUGUGCACUGACGAUAAUUUGAGAGGUGCAGACAUGGACAUAGUCCAUCCUCAAGAACGGAUGAUAGAAAGCGACUACAUAGUCAUGCCCCGGGGCUCCGUAAAUACCCAGCCAUCACUGAAGGAUGAAAGCAAAAUGAAUAUAGGCAUGGAUACCUUGCCUCAUGAAAGGCUGUUGCACUACAAAGUUAAUCCCGAGUUCAAUAUGAAUCCCUCUGUAAUGGACCAGUUUAAUAUCAAUUUAGACCAGCAUCUUCCCACCCAAGAACAUAUGCAGAGCUUGCCGUUUGAGCCCCGCACAGCAGUGAAGAAUUUCAUUGCCUCAGAGCUGGAUGACAAUGCAGGAUUAUCAAGAAGUGAAACUGGAUCUACAAUAUCAUUGAGCUCUUUAGAGAGAAGAAAAUCACGUUAUUCGGACCUUGACUUUGAAAAGGUCAUGCAUACAAGAAAGAGGCAUAUGGAAUUAUUUCAAGAGUUAAAUCAGAAAUUUCAGACUCUGGACAGAUUUCGGGAUGUACCAAAAUCAGGCAGUAUGGAGAACUCAGGACCGAGCAAGGCUCCAUGGGACAGUUUCAAAACCACAGGUGACUACCAACACUAUACAACGAUAAAUGUAUUAGACACAGAGGCAAAAGAUGCUUUAGAACUCAGACCAGCAGAAUGGGAGAAGUGUCUGAACUUGCCUUUAGACGUGCAAGAAGGUGACUUUCAAACAGAAGUUUAACGAAAAGGAACUGAACAAAACAGAAACAAAGUAAAAAUAAUUAAUUGCACUGACAAUAAAAAGACUUUGGGAAUCCUGACGAUCCUGACGCUCCUGUCUGAACAUUGCAACUCCUUUAUGUCAGGCUCUUCCUGUGCCAAAUGUCAGUGGUUUUUUCGUACAGUAUAUUCCCACUAGUGCAGCUAGUGGAGAACCAGGUGUACAAUUCUUACCAUCGUGUGUUGUAAGUACCCGUGGAAUGGAUUUGUAAGGUAAUCUUUAUAGAUAAACCUCAAGCAACGAUUCAUGUUGUAACAGCUUCAUUUGGUUUAGUUUUCAAAAAACUUCACCAUGAAGCACAAUGUAUAUAUUUAUGCAGUUUUUAAAGUUUAUAACAGUCUGUUUGGCCAUUACUACACUUUUUACUUUAUAAUAUAAAAGCAAAGUUUUUGUCAUUAAAUGAAUGUCUGUUGAGCUACAUUCUUCAUUGCUUUAAAUGCAAUAAAGUAAUAAUCUCACUUUUAUAUGAAUAAUAUAUUUCACAUCUUUAUUAUUGCAGUUUUCUCUGGAAAGCUCAGAACAGCUUUCUCUGCUGCAGCUGUGUAUAAAAUAUUUAAAAUGUUGUAUGGUGUAAAUAAACCUUUGUCUACA